CACCCAGAGGUCUAAAAGCAGACAGCCUCCGUCAAAUAACAGAAGGCAUGCUUGUGCACUGUCACUGCUCGUCUGCUGCUUGCUCCGACUGGAAUCGCUGAGGAGCCACACUGGAAGGAAUGACCGAAAGGAAGGUCACUUUUAGGAUAACCAACAAUGACUGACAGUCAGCAGCACCCUGGAUGGUAUGGAUUUCUUCACUCGGAGGAGGGGAGCUUUUGUUUUUGCCGUAAAGGAUGAAAUAAGAAGACCACACCAGACCGGGAGUUGAGCAGGGAUGUUGGCAAUGCCGCGCCACAACUCCUCUGGCAUUUUCGCUCCCUUGCCCCCAACCAACCACAGCGCCAUCGUGUUCCGUAACGCCACACAGCCUCCAAACAGUCCCGUGGCGGCCGGCGUCACCAUGACUCUGGGAAUCAUCUUCAACGUGGUGGCGCUCGUCAUUCUCGCCAAAGCCUACAAUCGUUUCCGGCGGCGGUCCAAGGCCACGUUCCUCCUCUUCGCCAGCUGUCUGGUGGCGACUGAUCUGGCGGGACACGUCAUCACAGGGACUCUGGUGCUCAGAAGGUACUCCGCAGAGGUCGUGACCGCGGCUGACCCUCCUUCCAGCUUUCCAGGCGACCUGGCGACCCAUCCGGAUGUCUCUUGUCUGGUUUUGGGCGGCUGCAUGGUGUUUUUCGGCCUGUGCCCGCUCUUCCUGGGCUGCGCCAUGGCGGCCAAGCGCUGCCUGGGCGUCUCCAGACCUUUGCUGCACGCUCGUCUCGUCACCACGGCAAGGACAAAGAUGGCGCUGGUCCUCAUCUGGCUGCUGGCGCUGUGCGUGGCCCUGCUGCCGUUCUUCGGAUUCGGGGCGUACACGUACCAGUACCCGGGCACCUGGUGCUUCAUCAGGGUGAUGGAAGGCACCAUAGCCACAGACCUGGCCUUUGUCACGCUGUACUCUGGACUUGCGCUGAGCUCGCUGGCCAUGGCCUUCGUGUGCAACACCAUCAGCGGCAUGACGCUGGUGAGAGCGCGACUCAAGAAGAAGUCCAGCUCCCAGCGCAGCUCGGCCAGGUCUCACGACACUGAGAUGGUGGUCCAGCUGGUCGGUAUCAUGGUGGCCUCAUGCAUCUGCUGGAGCCCUCUGCUGGUCUUUGGCCUGAUGUCGGCCACCCGGUCCUACAGUGGCUCCCUGGACGACGACCUGGACACCUACAGAAACCUAAUGGUGACCGGCGUCAGGAUGGCGACCUGCAACCAGAUCCUGGACCCGUGGGUCUACAUCCUGCUGCGGCGCGCCAUCCUGCGGAAGAUCUACAGCAUCACUAAGCGGCAGGCCAGCGUGAGGGGAAGCAUGAUGCGCUCUUUCCGCUGGGAGGUCAGCUCCCCUCAGACCUCGGAGAAACACAACGUCAAGAUCUGAGGGAGCGCGCACGGCGGCCGGUAACCCUCUGGUUUUGGCCAGAACACGAUCAAGGGGCGGGAACAAGGUGCCAUCUUGUCUGGUGUUUACCAUAUAUACCAGUGGUUCUCAAACGUUUAUCACCAAGUACCACCUCAGAAAACACCAUAAUGACCCACAUUACGAUACAGUAGCGUAGUAGGCCCAAGUAUUCAUUACGAACAAGGCAGAUAUGAUUUGACAAGCAUAUUUUAUAAUUUUGGCCAUUGUAACAUAACACACAGUUUGAACAGUAAUACUGUGUUUAAUAUUUUUGUGUGAAGUAUUCCACGCCAAAGUAUUAUAAUUAUUGCACUCGCGACAAAGUUUGCCAGCUUCAACAGCCCACAGUUUCCAUCCGAUUGGAACCGUUCAAGUAUCAAAAACGUAUCUCAGAUUACCCAGAAUUCCCGAUUUUCCUGGACAUUUUUCUCAUUGAAAAUGGAUGGGCCAUUUUUCAAACGGGUAGAAUUCCCAAAUUUCUUACACAGUGGGAACCAUUCCACUUUCAACAACUUCCAUUCUUUCUAAACGAUCAAGUUACCAUUUUUCCAAGUUCAAAAAAAUUCCAGGAAUCCCCUGUUUUUAAUUCUACCUUUUGUUUUAAAGUUUUGACUGUGCACAUUUUUUCAGCCAUUUCAACCCUUUAAUCAUCAAAACAUUCCUCUAAUUUUGGGGAAAUCAAAUUUUUUUUUUUUGGACACAUUCCUGGAAAUUUUGCAGGGAUUCGGAAAUACCAUUUCUCAAUUAAAAGUAUUACUACGUCAGCAUUUCUAGACCAAUUAAACAAAUUCCAACCCCAACCCAUUCAUAUUAUAUAGAACAAAUGUGAUAUUACAGAGGUUUAAAACAUUUCCAGUUUUCCACAAAUUUACAAAUUUCCAGGAAAUGUCCAACUCCCAAAUCUCUCAACUGCUUGCAACAUUUUUUACCCGAUUUAAACCUUUCAUCCAGCUACACACUCUGCUCACCCUAGAUAGUGUCACUACAAAACAUUUCUGGAACAAUUAAAACAAUUCCAGCACCAACCCAUUCAUAUCUUUUGUAAAACAAUAGUGAUAUCAUCAAUAAUUUCAAUAUUCCCGGUUUUCACGAAAUUCCCAAAUUUCCAGGAAAUGUCCAACUCCCAUAUUUCUCAUGUUCUUGGUCAAUUUUUUUUUACCCGAUUCGAACCUUUCAACCGUCACAGUCCCCACUCACCCUGGGUAUCGAAGGAAAAAACAUGUUUCCCAUUUCCCCAAAUUCCCGUUUUUCCCGGAAUGUCCAGAAAUUCAAUUUUUGAAUAAAAGUGUUAGUACGUAAACAUUUCUGGACACAUUCAGAAAAUUCCUACGUCCAACCCAUUCAUAUUAUCUAAAACAAUUAUAAUAUUAUUGAUGAUUUAAAAAUUCACGGUUUUCCCAAAAUUUCAGAAUUUCCAGGAAAUGUACAAUUCCCAAAUCUCUCACCUUCUUCUGACAUUUUUUACCCGAUUCAAACCUUUCAACUGUCCACACACUCUACUCGCCCUGGAUACUGAAGGCAACAACAUGAUUCCCAUUUCCCCAAAUUACCAGGUAUUUCAGAACGUCCAGGAAUUCCGAAAUACCAAUUCUCGAUUAAAAGUGUAACAACGUCAACAUUUCUGAAUCGAUUAAAAAAAAAUUCCAACACCAACCCAUUCAUAUUUUCUAAAACAAUUGUGACAUAAACGAUAAUUAAAAAAUGCACAGUUUUCCAGAAAUCUCAAAUUUUCCAGGAAAUGUCCAAUUCCCAAAUCUCUCACCUUUUUGCGACAUUUUUUACCCGAUUCAAACCUUUCAACCAUCCACACACUCUACUAACCCUGGAUACUGAAAGCAAAAACAUGAUUCCCAUUUCCCCAAAUUACCAGGUUUUUCAGAACUUCAAGGAAUUCCGAAAUACCAAUUCUCGAUUAAAAGUGUAACAACGUCAACAUUUCUGAAUCGAUUAAAAAAAAAUUCCAACACCAACCCAUUCAUAUUAUUGAAAACAAUUGUGACAUAAACGAUAAUUAAAAAAUGCACAGUUUUCCAGAAAUCUCAAAUUUUCCAGGAAAUGUCGAAUUCCCAAAUCUCUCACCUUUUUGCGACAUUCUUUACCCGAUUCAACCCUUUCAACCAUCCACACACUCUACUCACCCUGGAUAUUGAUGGCAAAAACAUGUUUCCAUUUUCCCAAAAUUCCAGGAAUUUCCAGGAAUUCCCAAAUACCAAUUUCUCGAUUAAAAGCGUUACUACGUCAACAUUUGUGGACAGAUUCAAAAAAUUCCAACACCAACCCAUUCAUAUUAUCGAAAACAGUUGUAAUAUUAUUGAUGAUUUAAAAAUGUCCGGUUUGCCCAAAAUCCUGAAAUUGCCAGGAAAUGUCCAACUCCCAUAUUUCAUCCGUUCUUGGGCCAUUUUUUUUUUUUUACCUGAUUUGAACCUUUUGACCAUCCACACACUCUACUCACCCUAGACAUUGCAGGCAAAAACAUGUUUCCCAUUUCCCAAAAUUCCAGGAAUUUCCAGGAAUUCCAAAAUUCCAAUGCUCAAUUAAAAGUUUUAGUACGUCAACAUUUCUGGAAUAAUUAAAAAAUCCCAACACCAACCCAUUCAUAUUAUCUACAACAAUUGUGAUUUUAACGAUCAUUUUUAAAUUCCCGGUUUUCCCGAAAUCUCGGAUUUUCCAGGAAAUAUCCAAUUGUCAAAUCUCCCACUAUAUUGCGCCCUUUUUUUUUUUUACCCGAUUCAAACUGUUCAACCAUAUACACACUCUACUCACCCUGGAUAAUGAUGGCAAAAACAUGUUUCCCAUUUUCCAAAAUUCCAGGAAUUCCGAAAUACCAAUUUCUCGAUUAAAAGAGUUACUGCAUCCACAUUUCUAGACUGAUUCAAAAAAUUCAAACACCAACCCAUUCAUAUUUUCGAAAACAGUUGUAAUAUUAUUGAUGAUUUAAAAAUGUCCGGUUUGCCCAAAAUCCUGAAAUUGGCAGGAAAUGUCCAACUCCCAUAUUUCAUCCGUUUUUGGGACAUUUUUUUAUACCCGAUUCAAACCUUUCAACCAUCCACACACUCGACUCACCAUGGAUAUUGACGGCAAAAUCAUGUUUCCCAUUUCCCAAUAUUCCAGGAAUUUCUAUGAAUUCCGAAAUACCUAUUUCUCGAUUAAAAGCGUUACUACAUCCAUAUUUCUGGACCGAUCAAAAAAAUUCCAAUACCAACCCAUUCAUAUUAUCGAAAACAGUUGUGAUAUUAUUGAUGAUUUAAAAAUGUCCGGUUUGCCCAAAAUCCUGAAAUUGCUAGGAAAUGUCCAUUCCCCUUAUUUCUCACAUUCUUGAGCCAUUUUUUCCCCCCGAUUCGAACCUUUUGACCAUCCACACACUCUACUCACCCUGGAUAUUGAAGGCAAAAACAUGUUUCCCAUUUCCCAAAUUUCCAGGAAUUUCCCGGAAUUCCAAAAUUCCAAUUCUUGAUUAAAAGUUUUAGUGCGUCAACAUUUCUGGACCAAUUAAAAAAUCCCGACACCAACCCCUUCGUAUUAUCUACAACAAUUGUGAUUUUAUCGAUAAUUUUGAAAUUUACGAUUUUCCCGAAAUCUCUGUUUUUCCAGGAAAUAUCCAACUCCCAAAUCUCCCACCUUCUUGCGCCCUUUUUUUUUACCCGAUUCAAACUGUUCAACCAUCUACACACUCGACUCACCCUGGAUAUUGACGGCAAAAACAUUUUUCCCACUCUCCAAUAUUCCAGGAAUUUCCAGGAAUUCCCAAAUACCAAUUUCUCGAUUAAAAGUGUUACUACGUCAACAUUUCUGGACCGAUUCAAAAAAUUCCAACACCAACCCAUUCAUAUUAUCUAAAACAGUUGUAAUAUUAUUAAUGAUUUAAAAAUGUCCAGUUUGCCCAAAAUCCUGAGAUUGCCAGGAAAUGUCCAACCCCCUUAUGUCUCACAUUCUGGGGCCAUUUUUUUUUUUUUUUACCCGAUUCGAACCUUUUGACCAUCCUCACAUUCUACUUACCCUGGAUAUAUUGAAGGAAAAAACAUGUUGCCAUUUCCCAAAAUUCUGGGUUUUCCAGGAAUUUCUCCCAAUUGAAAAUGAUUGGGCAAUUUACAAACUUCCGCUUAUCCCACAUUUCUCAUUCUUUUUGAACAGUUCCAACAUCCACACACUCCACUCACCCUGGAUUUUCAAGCAUUUCAGUUCCACUCUGCGCAGCAUUCACACGCAAUUCCUAGCGGGAUUGCAAAUUUGCAUUAAUUAGGUGGUUCUUUGGCGUACCACAAGACGGAGCCCGCAUACCACAGUUUGAGAUCCCCUGCUAUAUGGGAUUCUUCAUGGCUAAACCAAGAAAAGCUUGUUUGAAGUAGCUAUGAAAGCCAAACAGUAACAAGCUCCGAUCCCUCAUGAACUUAUUGUUUGUACUGGAAAAUGCAAAUUGUACAAUACAGGUUUGCAUGAAAGCGUGUCCUCUGUGAGAACAACGGUUUGUAUUCAUAAGGUUAUUUGUCGAGGGAGACAGGCACACGUCUCACCUACAAAAUAUGUGAAGUCGAAUAAGUUUUGCUGUGUGACUGAACACAAAAGUAGAAAAGUCAAUGACUUGUGAACAUGCUCUCGUUUAAGCUCCUCUUUCAUCUUAAUGAUGUGGGGAAAAAAAUGUGUAUCUUGUGUACGACAAAGCUUUGCAUCGAUCGCAACUGGACUGUUUCAGGUGGUCUUGGAAAGCGUUUUGUACCUCAUCAGUGCACGUUCAAAGACUAGAUAGGAAAGUUUGAGUCUGAAAGCUGUCCAAUUUAGUCUAACAGGAGUAGUGAAAGCUUUAUCAGUUGAGAUUGAAGACCAGAUAGCGCUGUUCUAGUCUCGCUGUGGCCUGAGAAUCUUAUUCACUCAGCUUGAUAACUAGACAGGACAGCUCUAGUCUGCGAGCCUCAUCGGCUCAUGUUUCAGGACGAAAUAGGGCAGUUGUAGUGUGAGAGCUCUCCAAUCAAGUGUAGCAGUAAUCUGAAAUCUUAAUCAUUUUAGAGCAGGCCUGGGCAAUUAUUUUGACUCAAGGGGCCAAAUUUAGAGAAAAGAAUAUGUCUGGGGGCCGGUAAAUCUAUUUUUAGGAACACUAAUACAAAACCUCACAGUGCUAAAACGUUUUGACAGACCGCCUUAAAAGGGAACAUUAGCACCAAACUUAUGCAAGCGUCAAUAUAUACCUUGAUGUUGCAGAAAAAAGACCAUGUAUUUUUUUAACCGAUUUCCGAACUCUAAAUGGGUGAAUUUUGGCAAAUUAAACGCCUUUCUGUUUAUCGGUCUUUUAGCGAUGACGUCAGAACGUGACGUCACCGAGGUAACACACCCGCCAUAUUCAUUUUCACAUUACAAACACCGGGUCUCAACUCUGUUAUUUUCCGUUUUUUCGACUAUUUUUUGGAACCUUGGAGACAUCAUGCCUCGUCGGUGUGUUGUCGGAGGGUGUAACAACACUAACAGGGAGGGAUUCAGGUUGCACCACUGGCAAGAAAUCUGCCGCCAGACCCCCAUUGAAUGUACCAGAGUGUCUUCACAUUUGACCGGCGAUGCUAAGGCAGACAUGGCACAGAGAUGUAUGGAUAACCUGCAGAUGCAUUUGCAACGAUUAAGUCAACGAAAUCACAAAUAUGAGUUUUGUUGAUGUUGUUGACUUAUGUGCUAAUUAGACAUAUUUGGUCACGGCAUGACUGCCAGCUAAUCGAUGCUAACAUGCUAAGCUAAUCGAUGCUAACAUGCUAUUUACGCUAGCUGUAUGUACAUUUGAAACAAGAUACUCACAUUUAAUGCGAAACAAACACUUGCCAAUCGACGGAUUUUAGUUGCUCCAGUGUCACAAGAUGCGAAAGUCCUGAUCGUUUGGUACGCACAUUUUACCGGCGAUGCUAAUAAGGCAGCCAUGCUACGGGCCACUUCAUUAGGUACACCCACGCUAUGGCCGAAUAGCGUCAAUAGCUAUUCGCUCAAUAGCUUCAAUUUCUUCUUCAAUUUCGUUUUCGCUAUCUGCCUCCAUACGUCGACCAUCUGUUUCAAUACAUGCGUAAUCUGUUGAAUCGGUUAAGCCGCUGAAAUCCGAGUCUGAAUCCGAGCUAAUGUCGCUAUAUCUUGCUGUGGUAACCGCCAUGUUGUUUGUAUUGGCAGCCCUGUAUGACGUCACAGGGAAAUGGAUAGUGGUUUUGAAGAUAGCGAAAAUAAGGCACUUUAAAGCUUUAUUUGGGGAUAUUCCGGGACCAGUAAAAUUUGGAAAAAAACUUCCAAAAAUACAACAAGCCACUGGGAACUGAUUUUUAUUGUUUUCAACCCUUUUGAAAUUGUGACAAUGUUCCCCUUUAAAAAACGGAAUGGAAUUUUUAUUGUUUUUACUGAAUGAGACACCCAGAAUUCACAUGAAAAUAAAAAAUGGGGGAUUUACAACAUUAACUAUGGACGAUAAAACACUAAAUAUUGACAACAUAUCAUGCAAAAGCGCAGAUUCCAACCAUUGAAAUACUUUGUAUAGUUCAAUGCUUACAGUAAUUUGAAAACAUCACUACACAUCACAAUGGUAGCUAGAGUUUCCGUCUUAAAGAUCCAAAAAAAUAUAUCUGAUUUUUGGGAACACUAAUACAAAACCUCACAAUAAAUGGGUUGUACUUGUAUAGCGCUUUUCUACCUUCAAGGUACUAAAAGCGCUUUGACACUACUUCCACACUUACCCAUUCACACACACAUUCACACACUGAUGGAGGGAGCGGCCAUGCAAGGCGCCAACCAGCACCCAUCAGGAGCAAGGGUGAAGUGUCUUGCUCAGGACACAACGGACGUGACGAGGUUGGUACUAGGUGGGAAUUGAACCAGGGACACUCGGGUUGCGCACAGCCACUCUCCCCACUGCGCCACGCCGUCUGAUUGAAUGCUAAAACCUUAAUGACAGACCGCCUUAAAAAACGGAAUUGAAUUGUAUUUUUUUUACUGAAUGAGACACUCAGAAUGUACAUGAAAACAAAAAAUGUGGGAUUUACAAUAUUAUCUAUGAAUUAUAAAACACUGAAUAUUGACAGCAUAUUUUACAAUCAAGCGAAACGUAACGAAAAUGCAACAAACACAGCGAAAUAUGAACGUGAACGGUAAUAAUCGAUCUUAAAUAUCAAAAAAAAAUUGGGGGGGGCGGGGGGUGGGGGGGGGUGUCCAGAUUGAAAAGCUUAACGGCGCCAAGCUUUAACUUGUCAAGGUCUUUGUCCAGAUAGGACUUCUCCAGAUAGGACAGCUUUAGUCUCAGGGGUUAAUCACCACACAUUCAAAGACUAGGUUAGACAGCUCUCGAGAUACGACAUCUGUAGUCUUCAAGCUUUAUCAGUUCAUGUUUGCAGACUAGUUAGGACAGCUGUAGUCAGAGUGCUGUAGAAUCUUGCCAAGCUCUAGUCUGAAAGUUUUAUCAGUUCAGCUUGAAAACUAGUUAAGACAGCUCUAGUUUGAGAGUUGUUCAAUCAAGUCUAGCUCUGAGUCUGAGAGAUUUUUGAAAAUUAGGCUUAAAGAGUAGUUAACAUGACUCCAGUCUUGGAGCUUCAUCAGAUCACGUUUGAUUAGAUAGGUGACGUUAAAGUACCAAUGAUUGUCACACACACACACACUAGGUGUGGCGACAGCUUAAGUCCCAGAGCUUAAUCAUUGCACUUUCAAAGACUAGGUAGGGACAGCUUUAGUCAGGGACAGUUGCCUAGAGGGUAGAGCUGAUUUAGGGCUAUGAGAUAAGAGCCAAAACGUCUGGUUGCGAUCAAUUCAAGGCGGUGAGAACAAUUUCCCUUGUGUUGAACAAUUUCCCUUGUGGAUCAAUAAAGUUUGUUUCAGUCUAAAUCUGAGGGCGACUUGGAUGAACACUCAGACUUGUGUACUACAGUGAAUGUGAUUGUGCUCGUGUUGUGGAAAUGUGAAAAUAAAAAGUCUUGGUCACAAUGGAAA